AUGACUGUGAACAUUUCACUGAACUCUGCAACGCUGCUGUUUGUGUAUUGGACUGAUGCACGACUUGCAUGGAAUCCAAUCGAUUACGAUGAGAUUACCGAACUUCUCAUAAACCGGAAUUUUAUCUGGAGACCAAAUAUUGCGAUAUUACAAAGUACAUCUGUGUCUAAUACAAGAAAUCCUGAUCUGCAGCAGGCUCAUGUAAGUAAGACUUUAUGUGUUAGUUAUGUCAGGUAUCAGUUGAAGGUGCACAGCAACGGAGAUAUAAGUGUGUUCGUAUCACAUGUCGUGUCGAUCUCGUGUGUGCUAAGCUUCAAGAGCUUCCCGUUUGACAGUCAAAUGUGCGCAGUAACCUUCGAGGCCGAUGAUUUCUUCCUACCCGCAGUUUGGAUUAAUAUGGCAAUUAAUUUCAUUGGUAGCAACGAAUGGACGAUUGAUGAUGUAACGUCCAAAGACGUAAUUUAUCAUGUUAUUGAAAGUGGAUUCGACUCUUUCAUGGGCAAGCUGACGUUUCAUUUCCGACGGAAUGCGCAAGCCUACGUCUUCACAAUAGUAUUGCCGUCCUUCGUGAUUGCGUUAAUUAGCCUACUCGGAAUGUUUUGGUCUAAUUUCAAUGAAACCGACUACCUAGCGAAAGUCGGAUGCGGGCUUUCAGCUAUCCUUGCAUUGUGCUCGAUUCUUCAAAUUUCCCAACAAUCUAUGCCCAAGACCAAGGAACUGCCAUCAUUAACACUUUACAUUAUGGUGAACUUACUGUUGGUGGUUGUUGCUAUGCUUAUCGUGGUCAUGGCGUCUAAACCUUAG